UAUAUAGAGAGUUAGGAAAGAGAGAGAGGAGAGAGAGAGAUAUAAAUAUGCAUAAGCCCACAUAGAAGUCUGCCAUCAUAUUCUUUCCCCGGCUGCCUCUCUUUGGCUUCCUAUUUCUGUAGAGGGUCCUCAAUUAUUCUGCAAGAGGGGAAGAGGGUUGGAACAAGAACUCACAACAAGACUCUUGUAUGAGGUGGGAAUACCAUGGAGAAGUAGAAGUGAUCCCCGCUUUCGUGCUUUUGUUCUUUGCUAAAUCUGGUGUUCAGUAGAGAGGGGAACAGGUAAUUUCUGGAGCUUCAAGUUGAAGGCAAUUUGUAAUACUGCAGAGUCGUGCUUCCUGAUACGAUGAUGAUGUUUGAGGAUAUGGGAUUUUGUGGGGAUCUUGAUUUCUUUUCGUCUGCUUCUAUCAAGGAAGCGGAUGUUUGUCCCCUGCAAUCUGCUGAGCCGGAGCCAGUUGUGGAGGAUGAUUAUAGUGAUGAGGAGAUUGAUGUGGAUGAACUUGAAAGGAGGAUGUGGAGGGACAAGAUGCGACUGAAAAGGCUGAAGGAAAUGAACAAGGGAAAAGAAGGUAUUGAUGCCGCUAAACAACGGCAGUCCCAAGAGCAGGCGAGGAGGAAGAAGAUGUCGAGGGCUCAAGACGGGAUCUUGAAAUACAUGUUGAAGAUGAUGGAAGUGUGCAAGGCUCAAGGUUUCGUCUAUGGAAUUAUUCCGGAGAAAGGGAAGCCGGUGAGCGGGGCAUCCGACAAUCUCAGGGAAUGGUGGAAGGACAAGGUCAGAUUCGAUCGGAACGGACCGGCUGCCAUCGCUAAGUACCAAGUGGAUAACGCAAUUCCUGGAAAGAAUGAGGGCUCCAACCCUGUGGGUCCAACUCCUCACACCUUGCAGGAGCUCCAGGACACAACCCUUGGUUCAUUGUUAUCUGCUCUGAUGCAGCACUGUGAUCCGCCUCAGAGACGGUUCCCGCUAGAGAAAGGUGUCCCGCCUCCAUGGUGGCCGAGUGGGAAGGAAGAAUGGUGGCAUCAGUUGGGUCUGCAGAAGGAUCAAGGCCCUCCUCCUUACAAGAAGCCCCAUGAUCUGAAGAAAGCAUGGAAGGUGGGCGUUUUAACUGCUGUCAUCAAGCACAUGUCCCCGGAUAUCGCCAAGAUUCGGAAACUUGUAAGGCAGUCAAAGUGUCUGCAGGACAAAAUGACGGCUAAAGAGAGCGCAACUUGGCUGGCCAUCAUCAACCAAGAGGAAGCCUUGGCGCGAGAACUUUAUCCUGACCGCUGCCCGCCUCUGUCCUCACCCGGUGGCAGCGGAACAUUUCCUGUGAGUGAUAGCAGUGAGUAUGAUGUUGAAGUGGCCGAUGAUGAAUCUAAUUUUGACGUUCAGGAGCAAAAGCCUAAUACCCUCGGUUUAUUGAAUAUCGGGAUGGAGAGAUUCCAAGAUAGGCUUCCGGCUCAACAACAAUCUCAUGCCAUCAAGGAUGAACUUAUGGCCAACUUCGAUUUUCCCAGGAAGAGAAAACCAGGCAGUGAACUCAAUGUAAUGAUGGAUCACAAGAUAUACACGUGCGAGUUUCUUCAGUGCCCGCAUAAUGAACUUCGUCAUGGGUUUCAGGACCGAAUUUCCAGGGAUAACCAUCAGCUUUCUUGCCCUUACAAGCACUCCUCCGAGUUUGGUGUUUCAAACUUCAAUAUAAACGACAUCAAGCCUGUAGUGUUUCCUCAAUCUUUUGUCCAGCCAAAGCCAUCUGCUCUGCCUGUCAAUCCAACUCCACCAUCAUUUGACCUAUCAGGACUCGGAGUUCCAGAAGAAGGGCAAAGGAUGAUCAAUGAGCUCAUGUCCUUCUACGACAACAACGUUCAAGGAAACAAGAACUCAAAUACCGGCAACGCUGCAAAUGCAAAAGAGCAAUCCCUUCAGCAACACAGCGCCCAGAGCCGACAGGACGGUUACCUUCAAAAUCAGGGACUGGUGUUGGAGGGUAACAUAUUUGAAGACAAAACCAUCCCUAACAAUCUCUCGAUAUUCCGUCCACCCGAUCGGUUCGACCACUCCAAGGUUAUAACAUCACCUUUCAACCCCAACCCCACCGAGAAUUUCCAGUUGAUGUUCAGUUCUCCAUUCAAUAUACCACCGGUUGACUACACCGAGAACUUCCCCGGAGUUCCAAGAAAUAACCUGCCGAAACAGGACAUUACAAUCUGGUAUUAGACAACCACCCUCACGAAAAAUCCUCAUCAGGUGGACCUUUUUUCACCUAUGUCAUCUUUAAUUAGUCAUAAUAUAUGGUAUUUAAUUCCUCCUUAAUCACCAAUGUAGUAGUUGUAGAGUUUGAGAAAAAGGGCUUAGGCAUGGUUGUAAUAAGCAAAGUGGGAGCAUGCUAUGGUCCCAUUUCAGACAUCUUAACAUGCUGUGCUGGAAUGGAUAGAGUUAUAGAUGUUACAUAAAUAAUUCCCCCUCUUUUUUUAUUUUCUUUUUUUCCUGGUUUUUUCUUGGACAGCCACAGCAACAGGCUAAGGUUGAUAAGAGUCCAUUGUGGUGUCCAGUUAGUGUCUGGUGGUGGCCGUAUUUUGUUGACUGAAGAAGGAGUUUGUUUUUUGUCUUGCCCCCAUUUGCUUUUGUUUGGUAUUGUAAUGCAAGAACAGUAGUAGUUGGAUGGAUGCAUGAGGAGGGUUCUUGUCCCAUCACUGAGGUUGGAAUUGCUGGUACAUAGUGUUCUUGCCUGAGUGAUGAUGAUGAUGAGGUCCACUCCCUUUCCCUUAUCAUUCUACCCUACUCAUAUUUCUUUCCUCCUUCCCUUGUACCUGUUUAUGAAUCAAGCAUUUCCCAAUCUUUCUUGCA